AGUGCGCACGCGCGUCCGUGGCGGAGGGGGAACCAGCCGCACCGACAGAGCCGUCGGGUUUGGGCAGCCGCGGGCGAGUGGAUCGGGCAACUCCCAAGGAGGCAGACGCAGGCGGACGGGCGGGUGCUGGGAACCGAGGGACAGGCCGUUCCCUCCGGUCUGUGAAGAAGGUCGGCGGCCCCAGCGGGUGCCAGUCAGCUUUAAGAAAAAGUAGAAAUCACUCCUGACUGUACUGCAUAGCAAAAAUUAAGUGACUUCCUAUACUGCAAAUCAUGGCACUAUCAUUCCGGAAGGACUUAGAAAAGUACAAGGACCUAGAUGAAGAUGAGCUCCUUGGGAAUCUAUCAGAAACAGAACUGAAACAGCUGGAAACUGUUCUGGAUGACCUUGACCCUGAGAAUGCCCUUCUGCCUGCAGGGUUCCGGCAGAAGAACCAGACGUCCAAGUCCGCCACAGGGCCAUUUGAUAGAGAACACCUCCUUUCAUACCUGGAGAAGGAGGCAUUGGAGCAUAAGGACAGGGAAGACUACGUGCCCUACACUGGAGAAAAAAAAGGGAAAAUAUUUAUCCCUAAACAGAAGCCUAUGCAGACUUUCACAGAAGAAAAAGUAUCUCUUGAUCCAGAAUUAGAAGAAGCUUUGACAAGUGCUUCUGAUACAGAAUUGUGUGACCUUGCAGCUAUUCUUGGGAUGCACAACUUGAUAACGAAUGUCCAGUUAUGUAAUAUAGUGGGAAGUAGUAAUGGUGUCGACCAAGAACAUUUUUCAAAUGUGGUAAAAGGUGAAAAGAUUCUUCCAGUAUUUGAUGAGCCACCAAAUCCAACCAAUGUUGAAGAGAGUUUAAAGAGAAUUAAAGAAAAUGAUGUUCGUCUUGUUGAAGUUAAUUUGAAUAAUAUAAAGAAUAUCCCAGUUCCAACCCUAAAAGAUUUUGCAAAAGCUUUGGAAACCAACACACACGUGAAAUAUUUCAGUCUUGCGGCCACACGGAGCAAUGACCCUGUCGCUGUUGCUUUUGCAGAUAUGCUGAAAGUGAACAAAACUUUGAAGAGCUUAAAUAUGGAGUCCAACUUUAUUACAGGAGCUGGUAUUCUAGCACUGAUUGAUGCUCUGAGAGAUAAUGAAAGCCUGGCGGAGCUCAAGAUUGACAAUCAGAGGCAGCAGCUGGGGACAGCUGUAGAAUUGGAAAUGGCCAAGAUGCUUGAGGAAAAUACAAACAUCCUUAAAUUUGGAUAUCAGUUUACACAGCAGGGACCCCGAACCAGGGCAGCUAACGCUAUAACAAAAAACAAUGAUUUAGUUCGCAAAAGACGAGUUGAAGGAGACCACCAGUAAGUCCACCAAGAUCCAAUCUUUGGGAGACUUGAAGGGUUCACCAAGAGCUCAUGGUGGUGAUGUCAGAUGUAACAUUUUCCUGGGUAGAAGGGAAAAGACUGGAAAUCUUUUUUUUUUUAAACUACAUGUAUCUUUUUUCUAGUUUACGUUAACAGUUUCAAACUGUAAAAUCAAUAGUAGGUGGUAUUUUGUAUUUUAUAACAUUUUUUCUUUCUGCUAAAAUCAAUUUUAAUUUAGCUUAAUUAAAUGGUUUGUGAUGAGCCAUGAGUUAAAAAGUACAAUUGUGAAAGAAGUUUAGGAAAUCAUUUAUGUAAAAUACUAUGAACAUUUUAAGGACCAAUCUUUUUUAAAUCAAAAAGGGACCUGACUGAUAUGAGAAUUGCUGUUGCACCUGUUAGGUACAAGACCCUCAUCAGAGCUUUCUUUCCUUAUCCCGUUGCAUGGAGUCCUUGCCGUGUUUUAGAAUACAUAAACUUGGCAAGAGUGUGCUUUCCGUUUCUAUCAAGAAAGCAAAAUGCCAAAAUUUUAAAACCGAUGACUCAAGAUCUGGUCCUCUGUUCAGGAGUACCAGCCCAUCUCUGGGAGAGAGAAAGGGGCCUCCUGCACAUUCCAGGACACCACACUUGUCUGAUGGAUGUGAGUUGGCAACACCUAGACUUGUUUAAACAAAGUCGUCGGCUUGGCCAGGUUCUGUACUUUGUUUAAAAGUAUAGUUAUGUCUAAAUUCAUUAUAGUUUUUUAUUUUAAUUGGGCAUUAUUAAAUUUUUGUGAAAGCUCGUAGUAAAAAGCAUCUAAGUAGGCAAGCUGUUUUCUUCCCUGUAAAAGCCAUAGGGCCAACUCUUACUUUAGAUAAUAAGAAAAAAGAAGGCUAUUACUAAACACGUGAAAUCAAAGAUAAUAAACGUGGUGGAAUUUGAGCCUGAGGCACAUGCAAACGGUCAUUGAAACUGAUGAUUAAAGUAAAUGAGCACCUGGCCUGUGUAUGAAUUAGCUGUUGCACAGCAUUAGGAUUUGUGUGCACACAGAAUUGCAUAGAUGGUCGUGACUCAGCGCUCGCUACGAACUGUCCAGCCAGUAAGGAAAACUGUCCUUCGUAAAUCUAAUGUUUAUUACGUUUCCUUUCGUCUUACAUUUUUUUGUCCACGUUGUGUAAAAGUAAUAUCUCUCGUGAGAAAAAGGUCUUCCUACUGCUGAUGCUCACAGUAUUCAAAUGAACACGCGAACAGUGUGCCCCAGAGAAGGCUGCCUCCAGCCUGGAUCGGACCUGGACUCCGGCCCUGUUUCGGGGCAGCCCCUGGAGAAGAUGGCGGAGACCAUUCUGACCUCCAGUGUUCAGGCCUGGCUAGAUGAUUUACAGGGAAUAAAGGAAAGAAUCCCAUUUAAGAGUAGGGGAGAGGUCUGUUGAUUUUUUUGAAAUCGAAUUACAAAGUGUCCCUCCUUUGGCUUGGGCUGGACAGUUUACUCAGUGAGCCACGGAGCAUCUUGUGUGCUCUGGUAAUAAGCCUUCUCAACAGGCGAAAGCUUCCCUUGUAAGAACUGGUGGUCUUUAUUUUUUCGGAGUCAGUAUCGGUGUUUCAAGGGGGCCAAAGAUUGACUUUGCACUAUUCCCUUUCAGUUAGAGACCACUGAUACUUUUUUUUUUUCUAAGUUAGCAAGUGUUUCUGUCUAUCUUCUUUUCAUAUACAACUUUGGAAAUCUACUUGAUUUUAGAGACUGCUCACUUGCUGCAGGGUGGGGAGUGAGUGUGCAGCAAGUCUUUAAGGGUCCCCAUCACCAACAGCAAGGCUUCCUUGCUUGCACUGUCCUGUAGGUUUUCUUUUUUUAAUAUAGGUAGGUGGGGCCCUACCCAGUAUGUGUAUCGUACUUAUGGGUAGUAUCAUUUUCAUUUAUGACUUACUGAAGUAUGAAGAAGUGUUUUGCUUUUAUCAUUCCAGUUCUGAGCUAUGACAGUUAUAUAAUUGAAGGAAACAUUUUUUCAUAAAUAUCUUUAAAGAUGACCAUCCAAUUGAAUACAGAAAAUCAAUUAUAAUUACAAGGGAGAAAACUGAUGUUUACUUUGAUCUUUAAAGUUCUGGCACCUCUUAACCUUUUAGUAACUUACAGUAUUUCUCUAUAGCUUUAAAACGUUAUAAUAGAUUAGGGAUCUGAAAUAGUCUUGAUUUUUAAACCAAAGAUUUUCUAAGGCCUUAAAACAUUCUGUAGGCUAACCAAUUUAAACUUACCUGGUUAUCUAAUCAAAGAAUAUUCUUUGCAUUUUUAAAUUGCUGUUUUUAAAAAUCUUUUAAUUUCCCAUUUUGUAAAAUUUUACAUUCAUAUUUGAAGUUGAUUUUGCAAGUAUGUCUACAUGAAAUUAUAUGUAUUGAACAAAGCAAUAUUAAUACUGAUAUUAUUAAAAUGGAUUUUGGUGCUAUAAACUUGUAGCUUAAAUCUAGUAGAAGUCUUAAGUAUAGGUGAAAUACAUUUCGUAAGGGUGCCUGUCAUUUAGAAGACCAAAUAAACAUUUUGCGUUUAAAAAAACUAGCAGAUUGUUAGAGAUUUCAAGGAGAAUUAUCUCACUUAUUAAAUUGCAAAUUCCUGUUAUUUGAAUGAAGUAACCCACAUACUCAUCUUGUGCAAUAGGUACACUCUGGAAAAGUUACAUGUAAAUAGAACUUUGUAAAUUGUUUUUCCUUUGACAGUGUCUGAUGUAUUUUCACUUAUAAAGAGGAUUCCAUGGUAUAAUAAAAAUUAUAAAAGAAAAAUGUUUUGAUAAAAUGUUAGUCAUGUUCUAUUCGUACAGUAUAUUUAAUCCUUGCUGCCAUUAAAAUAAGAUGAGAAGAUUCAUGAGAUUGCAUAAAUUCUGCUAGUUUUGGUUCUGUGCUCGCAGGGCAUGUCUCCCUGGCCCUUACGGAGUCGGGAAGCACAGGCCCCUUCCCGCAGACCAGAGGGUGGGUCGUUCUCCAGUGGGCCCAGCAGCUUCCUUCCUCUGCGAGUUCAGUCCUGUCCUUUCGCCCCUUCACUCUUUUAAAAAAAUGUUUUUCUAAUAUUAUUGAUAUAAUUAACAUAUAACUUUGUAUUAAAGGUAGACAACAUGAUGUGACAUACAUAUAUAUCAUGAAAUAUCUACCCUGAGUUAUCCGUCAGCUCACACAAAAACAAUGAUUUUUCCUUGUGAUGAGAACUUUUAGGAUCUACUCUCUUAGCAACUUUCAGAUAUGUAAUACAGUAUUCUUAACUACAAUCACCAUGCUGUCCCCAGGAUUUAUUCAUCUUCUAACAGGAAGUUUGUAGCUUUGACCACCUUCACCUGUGUCCUCCACUCUCCACCCCUACCUCUGGUAACCACCUGGCUAUUCUGUUCCUGAGAUCAGUGUUUUUAGAUAGAUAGUCCUAUAAAUGAGAUCAUACAGUAUUUGUCUUUCUCUGGCUUAGUUCACUUAGCAUAAUGCCCCUACGGCCACUUAACUUGUGCAUAGUAUUAGCUGAACACAAGGCACCCACGGAAACCAAACACACGGAUGUACCAGAACCACUAUUAUUGCCCUUGGACAAGGGUGUGAGUUCUUGGGUCUAACCAUCUAUCGAACUGUCUUCUGUCCACUCUCACUGAGCAUUCAUGUUUCUAGAUCAUUCUCACCGUAAGACUUGCUUACCAAAGAAAUGCUUCACUAUUUUUGAGAAAAUGUUUUUAUAAGCAAAGAUUUUUAUAUUUUUAUGUCAUUUUUAUUUGGUCUUUCUUCUAUUCAACAUUAGAAUUCAGCUCCAUAAGUCUGAUACUCAAGUAUUACUGAUUAAUAUUAAAUAUACUUAAAUAUUGUGUUAUUAAACUUGAUUCGUAAUAGUGAAGUUUCUUUUGAAGACUAUGUACUAUGGGCAUUUAGAACUUACCACGUCAUACUGAGGUAAUUUCAAUAAAGUUUAUCAAAUAUUCUA